AUGGCGAGUAGGGAGGUUACGUCGUCUUCGGAGGCCGACGACUCGUCGUCGUCGUUGUAUGACGAGGCAGAGCCGAUAGAGGUGCGGGAAGACCGAGCGGAGACUGACUCCGGGUCGAGAUGGGCACGAAUUCUUUCUGGAGCCGCUUCAUGGCGACCCGCAUCAGGCUCUGGGCCCGACCCAACUUGUCGAAGCCCGAGCCCGAUGUCUCGACCGGCACAAAUCACGGGCCUCGUGUCGGCUCUCGUGGAAGAGGGAGGUGACCCGGGCGUAGGCGGUGGUCUCGGGGUCCCAUUUGGUGAUGAUCGGCUCGGAGAUCUCGAGGGUUCGGUUCAUGACCGAGUCAGAGAAGCUGGGCCGGGCCGGGGAAAACCCGAACCGGGAAGGGGAGGAUGGGGUGAAGGAAGAGAGUUUGGUUUUGGGGGAGAAACAAAGACUCCUCAUUCCUUUUCUAGGCAUUUGCUGAGUUUAGAGUGGGAAGAAAGUGGGGACGAA